AUGAGUAUUCAAAUUUGUAAUUCCCCGUUCCUUCCAAAGUUCGCACACACUCCUCGCGCCCAAAUCUCAACGAGGUCUACACGAAUCUUCGCUCGCACUGAAUCAAAUUCAUCUGAUCAGCAGCAACAACUCAAUCUCUCCGUUCUUCGCUUCACUUUCGGGAUUCCUGGGUUUGACGAAUCUUACCUACCCAGAUGGAUCGGGUACGGGUUUGGAUCUCUUCUUCUUCUCAACGACUUAUCAGCUUCAGCUCCAAUCACCGAAUCUCAGCUGAGAUCAGAGGCUUUGGGGUUAUCACUAUCUGCAUUUUCCAUAGCUUUACCUUACAUUGGAAAAUUCCUCAAGGGAUCUGAAACAGAGGAGAGAACUCUACCUGAGGAAGGAGAACAGGUUUUUGUGAUAUCAUCAGAAAUUGGAGACUCUUUGAAGGAGGAUUUAGCAUGGGGAACAUAUGUUUUGUUGAGGAAUACAAGUACUGUAGCUGUGAUGAUAUCGGUUAAAGGCGAGCUUUGUGUACGCGGUUACUGGAAUUGUCCAGGUGAGAUGUCAAAGAAUCAACUACAUGAUUGGUUCAAGAGAAAGGUUGAUGAAAACGGCCUGGCUGAUGUGAAGGAGACACUUUAUUUCCCUGAGUAUGGAGGUUCUGAUUUAUCUUGGGAUAUUCUUCCUGAUGGGACACGCUCUCUCUUUGUGCAACCUCUUGUGCAAAAUGUAAAUGAACCGCAAGGGUUUUUGCUGGUGGCUUCUACUGCUGGAUAUGCGUAUAGUGAUAAAGAUAGAGCUUGGAUUGGAGCUAUAGCUGAGAAAUUCAGAGGAUGA